AUGACUGCUAAGCCUACGAAUUGGCCUACGAACGUACAGUAUAUCCCUCAGCAAUGUUACCACUCGUCUGUCCCGCUUGAAGCCCUCUCUUACAUUCGCGGACCUCUCGGUAAAAACGCCUCACUGAAAUCAACGAAUAACGGACGAUCUUCCUCAGUUAUCAUCAGGACUAUCACGGACCCGUCGCAUCCCGCAGUAGGCCAGUGCGGCCUCUUUGCCGCAAAGAAGAUACCUCCAAACACUCACAUCAUUGAUUAUUCUGGGGAAGUCCAUGGCGACGAUAGGGACUCCGACUAUGACUUGUCCCUGUACCGUACACAGGACGGACUCAGUAUCGGCAUUGAUGCCUUGUCGUUUGGGAACGAGGCGAGGUUCAUUAAUGACUAUCGCGGCAUAAGGAGCAAGCCAAACGCCGUCUUCCAAGAUCGAAGAACUGAUGCGGGAGAACUCAGAAUGAGUGUGUGGAGUACGUCCCUGCCCAUCAAAAAGGGCCAAGAGAUAUUAGUUUCAUAUGGCAAAGGGUGGUGGAAAGCACGAUUCAACGACGGCGUCGCUGAGCCUCAUACUGCAUGAUACCGCAACCGAACCUCUGAAACCAUCUACAUAUGAUCCACCCAUGACAGACCCACCUGAUAUAUGUGGUGUUCUCACGCAUACGA